AUGUCAGAAAUAGAUCCUAUUACAAUUAAACUUGUCGUUGUAGGCGACGGAAACGUAGGCAAAACUUGUAUACUCCUCAGCUAUACAACUGAUAAAUUUCCAUCGGACUAUGUUCCUACAGUUUUUGAAAAUUAUACCACUCAGACAGCUGUUGAUGGCAAAAUGAUUAACUUAAGUUUAUGGGAUACUGCAGGAUAAGAAACCUAUAAUAGAUUAAGAACACUAUCAUAUAAUUCAGCUGAUGUCUUUUUGGUUGUUUUCUCAGUUAUUGAGGAAUCUAGUUUUGAAAAUGCAACCAACAAAUGGUAUCCAGAAUUAGAGGUUCCGGAAUUAAAGAGUGUACCAAAAAUAUUCGUUGGAAAUAAAAUAGAUAUGAGAAACGAAGCCAAUCCAAAACAUGUUUAAUUGGUAGCUGCAAAAUCAAAAGUUGAUAAAAUGAAUUGCCAAUAUCUGGAAUGUUCUGCAUUAACACAAGAUGGUUUGAAGGAAAUCUUUGACCAAGCCAUAAAAAGGGCCAUCAAAAUGAAAGUCUUAAAGUCUUAAUCUUAAACCUUGCAAAACGUUACAAGUACCAUAUAAAAAGACUAAAAACUUUCAAACGAAGAAAAAUGCUGUUGCUCAACCUUUUGA